CACAGUUAGUGCACGUUGACAGCGACGUACGUCAGGGGCACCGUGAACGAUCUGCGUUGCUUUAACGUACUAGCGCCCGACGCGUCUGCACGUCCGCCCGCCUUAGCGCUCUCACGUCGAAACGCGCGUUGUAGUUUCAAAGUGUUGUAACUUUUAGGACUGGACUAUUUCGAAUUAAUUAAAAGUGUAUAAUUGUGAUUAACAAUGAACAUAAUAAGUUUUUUGAAAAUCGUUUCGCCUGGAGUUUCUUUUUAAAGUUGAAAGGAGCAGUCUGAACUUCGGAAAAUAUAAUAAAAAGUGGUGGCCCGCGCCGAUGGCGCACGGCAGGGCGGCGACGCUCAGCGCUUAACUCCGGACGCGCUGCCUUUCGACAUGAACGAUAUCCCUGCAAACGUGUACGACGCGCGUAGGAUGAUCUACAACUUGCCACAAGUUCAUCACACUGAGCUGUCAAUUCACGCUGUGUCAACGCACGAGCUGUUGAAGCCAAAAGAUGAGCCAUCGUACAGCUUAGCGAAUAACAAUAUGUGCACAAUCACCUUGCCUCAUACAGGUACAUCGGCGUACGACGGUCGCCUUUGUCUCCAAGACGGCCCCGAUACCUCCGAAAACCCCAUACUCAAAGGCGAUGAGGAGCUAUCAAGGGUUUAUCAGACUCUAACGUUACCACCUCUAUCACGGGAGGAAGGAGCCAACUCCAACAGCAGCGAUACAAAGAAUAAACCAAAUACACCGGCUCCAGCUAGUCCAGGAAGUGCGUCUGAAAUGAAGCCCCAGUCGACGACGCCAACUUCGCAGGUCCUCACCAAGCCACCAUACUCCUAUGUGGCUUUGAUAACAAUGGCUAUACAGAACAGCCAGACUAAACGCGCAACUUUGAGCGAGAUUUAUUCUUAUAUCACCAAGGAAUUUCCAUUCUUUGAGAAGAAUAAGAAGGGUUGGCAGAACUCCAUCAGGCACAACUUAAGCUUAAACGAGUGCUUCAUCAAAGUGCCAAGAGAGGGCGGCGGUGAACGAAAGGGCAACUAUUGGACUCUUGAUCCCCAAUGCGUCGAUAUGUUCGAGAAUGGAAAUUAUAAGAGGAGGCGUAGGAUGAAGAGGCCCUUCCGAGCAACGCCCUACCCCAAGACCCUCUUCGGAGAGGGCUACGUGACGCAUGUGGGACAGCACCCGCACAUGCAGUCGAUCUCGCUGGGCCACAGGAACUACUUCGGGUCCACCUCUCCAUAUCCGCCGUCGUAUCCGCGCUACGAUACAUCUUGGCUCGCUCAGCCCACUGGCGGACUGGGUUAUAGCAGUGGAUGCACCAUGGGUCGGAGCCCUCCUGGUUGCUCUCCUCACAGCGCACUGUCUCACCAGUCGCCGUCAGUCAACCCUUUUGCUACACAUCAGAUACAGGGACAGCUCCAGAACCAGCUGCAGUCGAUGCAGCCGAUGCCCAUGAAUAGUUACAACGCGAUCAACGUUCCACCUCUUGAUGGAUCAUCUAGUCCAGGAUCUGGCUACGCAGCCACCGGUGGCUUUUCACCGAACCGCCAUCACGACAUCGUGACAUCUUCAGACGCCGUCUCACGUUUCUCCUUCUGGCCUGAAGGAGGCUCUCCAAGCCCCAAUGCUGGUUACGUGUCUACAAGCAGCUUUUCUCCUCGGCGUCAUGAUGCAGUCACAUCAUCAGACACAGCUGGACGAUUUACUUUCUGGCCAGAAGUUGGAGUCAAAGAAGAAUCGUCAUCCAGCAUCCUCUCCAACGCGACCUCCUACUCCAAAUGCUUCAUGUAAAUCCUACGAACGUAUCCAAGACCGAGGCUAUUUAACUUAAUCAAUCUAUUGCAUUAAUAUUGUUAGUAGACAGCUUAUAAUAUUAUGUUAUGUGGUCGGUGUAUAGGUAUAAGUUAGUUAUAAAGAUGAUGACGAGAGCUAGCUUUAAAAAAACCUGGUUGAUACUUUAGGUACAUUUUGAAUGAUUUAUUAUUAAAUUAAAAAUUAAACGAUUGUAAUGUAUAUUAAUGAACAUUACAAAUUAUAACGAUCCCACAUGUUGUUCUGGCGUCACUAGACGGACAAUGUUCGCGGUCGUAGGUAUUAUACGAUCAUAUAUAGAUAAAGUUACUGAAUAAUGAAAUUGUGGACGAUUAAUUUCUGAUUAAGGCGUGGAUAAACGUGAACACAAUGAUUCUUUUUUUUUCGGUUUUAUUACUUAAAAAAUAUAUAUAAACGAAACAACAGAAGUAGAAAUAAAUAUGUAAAGUACCCUCUGAAUUUGUUGUUAUUAGCUUUUUUAUCCUAAGAUAUCUGUAACGUAAUUUUGUUAUUCACAUUAGAAUAUUACUUAACACGAUAAUCUGGGAACCUUCGACUUAUUUUUGCUGAAUAACUUUUAAAUAUAUUUUUUUUACAUGAUUGAUAUGCGCCAAUCGCGAUUCAAUUCUUAUGUUACCUAAUAAUUCAGUGCGGGACAAGACUUUGUUAUUUAUCGGUAACUGCUUAUCGAGCGAAGUCAACGACGUAUACCCACGUCUUAAGGCAGCUAUUUGUAUAAAUGAUAAAAUUCCAAUUAAAUACACCAAACGUAUGUAUUUACAAAUAUUAACCUCCAAGUCAUUGUUAAAGCUAGCUCUAAAACAGAGUUGACCCUAUGAAAUGUAAAAGUUUAAAAUUAUAAACAAAUCGUUCAAAACAUCCCACCGAUAAAAAUAAUAUCGAGGGGCAUUUAAAUCAUGUUAUUAAUAUGUCAUGGCGUUAAAAUUAUUUUCGUAGGAAGGCGGAUACAGGGUCGCUCGUAAGAGAGUUCUAGUAGUUUAAAAAUUUUUGAAUCUCUAUGUGUAAUUGUGCAAAUACAUGUUCAAUCCGUAAGUAUAUUUAUUAUUAACUUAUUUAUUUUCAGCACCUUUCAUCUAGUUCGUACAAAUGUAAGCGAAUGCCAAAAAGUAGCCAUUGUGGGUCCAUUAGGUUAAAUUGGUAACAAAGUAAAAUUUGCUAAAAGUUUACAAAUGUUAAGGAAAAAUUUUAUAAGUCAUAAAAAUAAAAAAUUUAGAUAAUUUGGAAGUUUAACUUUUCAUAAUUUGUACGAGUGAAUUUCAAAAGUAAUUUACACAGAUAUGACGUGAUAUAGUUACUCUAUGGGACCCCCUUCUGUCUUAUGACCUUUGUAUAUGUCAUAACUAUUUAUCGAUAAUGUAAUGUUAUCGUAUAUUUUGAAUCUGUAUACAUUUACCUCAGUCGCUGUUUCGGACGAUCUCUAACAAACAAAAUGAUCAAGCAUUCCUUAAUUUUUUGCUGAAUUUCGUUUCUGUACUGAUAAGAAUGGUAAUAUUAGUUAAUUUCGUCAAUUAUUGUGCUUUCGUAGUGAACGUCAAUUUCUAGAGAUCGACGUUAUAAAUGUAUGUAGAUGUUUGUAAUUUAUAAUUAGGUAAAUUAAUAUUUCGAUAGUAAGUGGUUAUUUUUUUUUAAUUAUAAACUUUGUAUAGAUAUGUUUGUCUUAUCCAGUUUUUAUUGUUUUCUUUUUUUAUUUGAGAAUACAGUCGUAUUUUAUUUCUUAUUUGUAUCCAUAUUAUAGUACGUUAAAGUGUGAUAGUCAUCCAUGCGUGGUCGCACUUUUUAACUAUGACAAAUUCGAUUUGAUUCUUGUUUUAUUUUAUCAUAAUAUGACUAUUAUAUUACUUUUUGGACUUAGUCCAUUGAUUUACUUAAUCCUGUUCAGAUUGCUGUUAGUGAUAGUUCAGUCAAUGUGUAAGAUUUUUGAAUUCUUGAUGUUAUUACCGUGUAGUCAUAUCUUGACAAUAAUUCUUGGUGUAUCGGCGUCCUCGGUGCAAUAGAUUUUAUAGUUAUUGUAAGUCAAUGUGAUUUUUGUUGUUCUGUCAAGAUUUUUUUUUUUAUGAUAAGUCUGUUGAUCAGCUUAAUUAUAAAAUUAUUGUGCGCUAAUAUUAUUCAAGAUCUUAAUAAAGUGAA